CCGGCAGGCAAGCACAGGCCGAGAAGAAAACCCGCUUGUGUUCGCGAACAAAACGCUCCGGUUGCCGCAUCCGAAGCGGCCGGAAUUCGCUUUUUUGCUUUUUUGAAAAGUGUAUUUUGAGACCAAAAUAUCAAAUUUACCCGCGUAAAUACUUUGUUCAACGGUGACUGCUGAAAAAACCAGUCAAAAUGACGAUCGGCAAGAACAACAAGAUGAUCCAGCUCCUGAACUAUCGGGUGCGGAUUGUCCUGCAGGACUCGCGAACCUUCAUCGGGACGUUCAAGGCGUUCGACAAGCACAUGAACCUCAUCCUGGGGGACUGCGAGGAGUUCCGUAAGAUCAAGCCGAAGAACACCAAACUGCCGGAGCGCGAGGAGAAGCGCGUCCUCGGGUUUGUCCUGCUCCGCGGCGGAAACAUUGUCUCGCUGACCGUGGAAGGUCCACCGCCGCCGGAAGAGGGUCUGCCGCGAGUGCCGAUUCCGGGUGGCGCUCCCGGGCCCGGCAUGGGACGUGUCGCCGGUCGGGGAAUGCCCGCCAACAUUGCCGGCGUUCCGGCCGGACUUCAGGGACCGGUUCGCGGCGUUGGAGGACCCUCCCAGCAGCACAUGGCUCCGGUUGGACGCGGUGGCCAGGUUUCGGCACCGCCCCAGAUGCGACCGAUGAUCCCAGGGCCGCCGCCAGGAAUGAUGCCCGGCCCGGGAGGAAUGAAUCCGAUGGCCGGAAUGGCGCGGGGUGCACCACCACCGAUGCGAGGACCUCCGCCCGGUAUGAUGCGGGGUGGACCGCCACCGAGGCCGUAUUAGGUUCGCUACGUGCGUCUGCUUCUACUAGAGUUAAGAUAAGUCACUUUGAUUAGUGUGGACGAAUUGAAUUUUCCAUUUUCCCGUCCCCCUGGCUGUAUUUGCUGAGUUCACCAAGUAAAGUUCAAUAAAAGGUACUGAAUUUGAAAUGGACUAACUGUAACAA